GGGUGUCAGAGGGUAGAGAGGAGCGGAGAAGGCAAUCCACAUCCAUCUGCCAGCCAUUUAGUCCGCGCUAACAUUUCCAGUCCGGAUUUCAGCACAGCCGUCCAGCCAAUACUACCAGGAAAAUGUCUGCCCCAGCCGCUGGAGCCCCUGCACCAGAGGGAGGGAAUCAGCCCCCUCCCAACCUCACCAGCAACCGCCGUCUGCAGCAGACACAGGCACAAGUGGAUGAGGUGGUGGAUAUCAUGCGUGUAAACGUGGAUAAGGUUCUGGAGCGUGAUCAGAAGCUGUCAGAACUGGACGAUAGAGCUGACGCCCUGCAGGCUGGAGCCUCUCAGUUUGAGACCAGCGCUGCAAAACUGAAGAAUAAAUACUGGUGGAAGAAUGCCAAGAUGAUGAUUAUCCUGGGUGUGAUAUGCGUGAUUGUCCUCAUCGUCAUUAUUGUGUACUUCAGCACCUAAGAAGAGUUGGUCCUACCCCAGUCUGAUCCCAACUUCCUUGCUACAAACCCCCCCUCAAAUUGAUGACAAAAUUAACCACAGAUAAAUAAUUUAUUAUAUAUAUAUAUAUAUAUCUCCUUGAUUAGCCUCGAUAUAACACCCCUAAACCCUUCAGGGCCCCAUGGCUCCCCCACUUCCACCACCUCCCCUCUGGACCCCUGUCAAUAUUUGUCCUGUGAGUGUGUGGCCCUGUCUCCUUUCUGGGUACUCUUGGCUUUUCUAACCUGCCAUACUGAGAACCAAACACUUGUGACGAUGCAACAACAGAAAAGGGAACAACGAUUGCCGAUAAUUGUUACAUAACUGAUAUAUAUAGUUCUUUGUAGAGUUUUAUUCUGAUAUAUACUGUUUUGUAGGUGUGUGUGCGUGUGUG